GGGGAUACCCAAGGAAUUUCCUUGCAUCUUUGCAAGGACCUGUCAGGAAAAUUGACCACAACAGCUUCAGGGUGUAAUGCCUUAAGAAAUAUUUUCGUGGAGAUGAACAAUGAAAGCCAUCGUUGGUGAUGAGUGGCCGGACUGGAUUUGACCUCGGUCAAUAUGGCUACAGAACAAUGCCGAAGGACUUAAAUAAAGAAGAAAAACGACUUCUGUCGUCUGUUUUCCAUCAGGUAGAUGUUGGUGGCAAAGGGUUUUUAAGCAGAGAAGACCUGAAGAUAGCUGUAGCAGAAGUAUUUGGAUACAAACCCUCCAAGCUUGAAGCAGACCAUUUGAUGGAAAGCUAUGGAGAUAGCACAGGGUUGAAUCUUCCUAUGUUCAUGGUUGCCAUGACAGAAAAGAUGUCGAAGGCUGACCAAGAUGGAGAGAUCAGACAUACCUUCAUGGCAUUUGAUUCACAAUGUCGUGGCUUUCUGACAGCUGAAGAUUUGGAGAAGGCUGUAAGCUGUGUGGCACCCCACAUUCCUCAUCACAGUAUCCAUUCAACAUUCAGGGAGUUAGAUAGAGAUGGAGAUGGGCGUGUCAGUUAUAAAGAUUUUGACUCAAUGAUGAAGUACAACACAUCAGAACACCUGUAAUCUACUGCAGCGACACCACAGAACUCCAAAUGUUGUUAUUAAUGUUAGUUAAUUUAGAUAACUGUCUGACAAAUGAGAGAGACCCAGGAACACACAUAUGGACACCCAUGAGUGACUAUACCCUAAAUAUUGUCUAUAAGAAC